CAGGGCAGCUUACCUUUGUGACUACCACAGGAAACUUCCAAAUCGCUCAAACUUGUCACAUCUUGGACAUCGCCUGAAUAGGCAAAACAACCACACUCCAAUGUUUAAUGAGGGCCAGAAUCUGCUUUCUUGAUUACAGUUUACUCCCCUUUAUUCCCAAAUACUCUCAGAAAAUUGUAAUCAGUCCAAAUGGCUGCAAGUUUAAGCUUACCAUCUCAACCGUUUCGCCCUCCCUCGCCCCCGCCAUCCACCCCCCAAAGCUCCCCUUCGCUUCCGCCACAUUUGGUCUCGGCCAAUUUACACUCUUCUGAAGUUCAACCAAAAAGUAACACGCUUGAUCAGGAUGUCGAAAGACUGGAGUGUGAGGAGACCUUGUCCGCUGAAGGUCCCCAAUAUUGGCAGGAUAAUUUCCAGGCUCGACAGAUGCAGCAUAGUGGGCAUAAUGUUCACUCCAACAGCAACAUGGGAUACCAACGGAUAGGGGUCAUGAAUCUCGUGACAAAGGAUCAUCGAACAGGUGCACAGCCGAAUGACCCAGACUUUCUUGCAGACAAACAACCUCUUGACUGGCUGUCGAAGUUCGACCAUCGCACAGCACAUGAGAGAGCUUUGGAAAGCCGAACCGAGGGUACAGUGUCUUGGCUUCUGAAUUUGGACGCAUUCAAGAAAUGGAAAGUUUGUCCCAAAAGCUUUCUUUGGCUUCAUGGAAAGCACUUUUGCGGGAAGACUAUAUUGUGUGCAUCGAUCAUCGAAGAACUUGAACAAGAAGCUACCGAUGGAGUCCCGAUAGUCGCUUACUAUUACCUCGAUCCUAACGAGUUUUGUACCAAACCUUCUGAGGGCGAAAGCCGCCAAGAAUCCUUUCCAGAACGACUCUUAAGAUCAUGGCUUCGACAACUAUGCGAAGGUCUAUCCCAGUUGCCCAAGGGAGUGCAGAAAGUGCGGCAAGAGUUCAAGAAGACCGGCAGUCUUGAUUACACGCUCCUAAAGUAUGCGAUACGAUGUCUAACCGAGGAACGAGGGCAGGUGUACCUCGUAAUUGAUGGCUUGGAUUCCCUUACAGAGUCACCCAAUGGAAAAGACUCACUGGCAGUCUUAUUCGAGUUACUUGAGUGCCUCAAAUCUCAUGAUCCCGUCCAUAUCCUUGUCGUGAGCAGAGAUCAUGUAGACGCGGCUCUCGAGGACCGAUGCUGGGACCUGAGUCACGAUCGUGAAGGGGGAUUCGACGUUGCAGUGGAAGGGACCGCCCACACGAACGGCAUCGAGUUGAUGGUUGACCAGGAGCUGAAAAAGUCGAACUGGGGAAUAAUCAGAAGAAAACAUCCGGAGUGGAUUGAGAUCAUCAAAAAAAAUUUGGUGGACAAUUCAGACGGAAUCUUCGGUUUAGUCAAAUUACGGCUGUUGGAUCCUGAAUUUCACGAAUUAAUUCGGCGAAGGGACCCAGCCCCCGAUGAGGAGGAGGUACUUGAUGCAUUGAAUGAGAUCCCGAAAGAGAUCAAUGCUUUCUACGAUAAAGCCUUGGAGAGAAUAUGCGUCAUGCCCAAUGCCUAUCUAUCUCUCCAAUGGCUCAUGUGCACCCUCCGGCCGUUGAGAUUCGUCGAAUUCGAGGACUUGAUCAACUGGGGUCAGACAAACAAAAAGAAUUCAGUCUCCAUUCGCCAUAGCUUUGGCAGUCUAGUGGCUUUUCCAGAGUCUCCAGACCGAGACGGCAAGCAAAUCGUGGAUUUUGCCUUUUCCAGCCUGGAGGAAUACCUCGUGAACAAAGCGGAUAGGUGUGGUGGACUGGCUGUGGUUCACCUCAUGAUGGCCAAUCAAUGUCUCGAGUAUAUCAACGAAUGUGUUGUCAAUACGGAUGACCACACCUUACAUGAAUCUGAUGAGGACGAAGUUGAUGGCGGGAAAGUACUGGAGUGUGACCUCCAAAGACGGCCGCUUCUUGAAUAUGCCAUCAACAACUGGUACAGACAUGUACUCGAGUAUCUAGAGUCCAGACAGGAUUCGGAACUGGUACUGGAGUCUGUCCCAGAUAAUGGGACUCAGGGCAUUCUAUUGACAUGGCUACACCGGAUUUACAAUUACUGGGGUACACCGUUGCGGAACAUUUUCCACAAGAAGCCUCAAACACCAUCCGCUCUGGACUUUUCUGAGGGGGUGUCGGCCUCAUCGGAAUUUGCACAAUGGGUCAGCUCGACACGAAGAUUGGUCAACAAUUUGGAUCGGGACGUGGAACAAGUUCACAACGACCUGAAAGCGGCCGCGUAUAAGUGUUUUGAGCUCAUGGUUGAUCUUCUUAUUCAGCACCAAGCACCCACAGAAACGGAAGCAACCACACACACUCCUCUUCAGGCGGCCUGCAUGUGCGAAUUCAAUCUCCUAAUUUAUUCUCUCCUUCACGGUCAUAUUCACAACUCAAAUAUUUCACACUGCAAGGUCAAGAACUCGGAUAUCCCGAAAACUGGAAGGACAGAGCAAAUCAAGGCUAGGCCCGACCCCAGUCAUUCCUGGUGGCCAGACAGUAAUGGCACCAAGGAGAAAACAGCAGACUACGACGGCAAACGUAUGGUGAGGGCUCUUCUUCUGGCCGGAGCAGAUGUGAAUAAACCCAGUUCUCACGGAGACACCGCCUUGCACCAUGCCAUGGCCAAAGGCAACCUUGCUGCUGUCACUUUGCUCCUGCAGAGAAAUGCCGAUAUGGAAAUUUGCGCGACGGGUCCUCUCAAUGUAUUCCUCAAGACAGUGUUUCAAGCGCAUGAUAGCGAAGUAACGUCAGAGUUGGAAUGGCCCAUGCCCAUGAUCUGCUGUGGGACUCCCUUGCUCUGGGGAAUCCAGAUGGGGCAGCACGACGCCGUUGAGUUUCUACUUGAUCAGGGUGCAGAAUUCAAGAAUCUCGCGCCGGUCUCAGGACACACUGCCCUCCAUGCCGCAGCCUACCUCUCGGACCAGAGAAUGGCUCGGCUGGCGCUGGAUAUUGGCUGCCGAGUCAACGAUUGUGAGGCCAAUGGGUUUUCAGCUCUCCAUUUUGCUGUAUAUCAGAACAAUCUGGGUGUGGUUGAGUUAUUACUGGCUAAUGGUGCGGAUGUUAAUAUCCUCGCCAACUGCGGAUACCCUCCUCUGAUGUGGGCUCGGCACAUAAACAUCGUCAGGGUGCUCCUCAGAAACGGCGCAGAUUGGAAUGCCCCCCCGGAUAAACCACACACAGUACUAACUGUGGCGGCGUUCAACGGAUACCACGAGAUUGUGCGUAUGCUUCUUGAAAAGGGCGCCCCCGCCAGUUCAACUGCCUUGCGCUAUGCGACGUGCGAAGGGCAUACGGAAGUAGUACAAGUGCUUGUGGACUUCGACAUUCCCGUUGACAUUUUCUUGCACGCCAAGCUUGGAAUAACCGCCCUGCCACUUGCGGCUGGACGAGGCCAUUCUGAUAUUGCCACAAUCUUGCUGAGAAAGGGUGCCAGUCUCUACAAGAAACACCCUGUUCUCGGUUCCAUACUGAAUGCUGCUUCAUUCGGCGGUGAGGAUAUAGUCUUUGACGCAUGUUGGCAACAAGAGCCUUCUAUGCGACAUGAGAAAGAUGCGUAUGGGCGUACUGCCCUCUACUUUGCUGCCCUGGGCGGACAGGACAAGAUGGUUGGGAAGCUCCUCAAGUUAGGGUACAAAGCCAACGCCAAGGAUAACCAUGGCCGAAACGCAUUGCAUGCUGCAGCAUCAGGUGGCUCGCUAUCUGUAGUGGAGAAACUGCUUGAACAGCAUCCAGAAGUUGAUCCUACCGAGAUGGAUGAUGACGGCUGGACUGCUUUACACUGGGCGGCUAAGGCUGGGGAGAAGAAAGUGGUGGAAAAGCUGCGAGGUGUAUGUUUGAGAGAGGGUAGAAUGCCUGACGAUAACAAAUGGCCACCAGCCCGUAUUGCGAUAUAUCAUGGGCAUCGAGACCUUCUGCCACUUCUGGAGGGAAAGCAGACAGGAGAAAACGUCUUUCCACAGUCCGAAUGGCAUUGGUGGAGUGCAGGCCUUAUGCACAAGGAUUAUGUUUGUGACAGCUGUCUCAGGCUGAUACAUGGGAUCCGAUUUCAUUGCCGUACAUGCUAUCACGAUUUACUCUUCUCCAACUACUGUUUCAAGUGCGAGGGUCGAGGAAAGAGACUGCAUCCUGGCCAUCGAUUUGAAGAAAUCCGUCCGCCGUACGACCAGGGAAUAGUGGGUAGGGGACCCGGCUGUGCGAUAACGAAGAUAUAAUCAUCUUGAGCGACAUGCCCUCAGGUGCCUAUCUAUGUUGUACACAGGCUAUCUUGGCCAAAUGCCGUGAUCAUCCACAUGU